UGGACCUUGCUUGCAUGAGGGAUGCUAUGAACAAGCUUGGCAGUGAUUCUAGCAAGAUUAACCCCUUGGUCCCAGUGGAUCUUGUUGUUGAUCAUUCUGUUCAGAUGGAUGUAGCAAGAUCAGAAAAUGCAGUGAAGGCAAAUAUGGAUCUUGAAUUCCAGAGGAACAAGGAGAGCUUUGCUUUUCUUAAAUGGGGAUCUACUGCUUUUCACAACAUGUUUGUUGUUCCUCCAGGCUCUGGUAUCGUGCAUCAGGUUAACCUGGAAUACCUUGAUCUCGGGUUGUAUUCAACACUGAUAGCCUGCUGUACCCUGAUAGUAUGGUUGGAACUGAUUCCCAUACAACUAUGAUCGAUGGGUUAGGAGAUGCUGGAUGGGGCGUUGGAGGAAUUGAAGCAGAGGCAGCAAUGCUUGGCCAGGUAUAGUAAGAAAAUUGUCAAUGGAAUCUGGUAAUUUGUAUUGUCUAAAGAAAUGCUAGUACUUAUAACAAUAGUCAUGGGGAAAUCCAAGCUUGGCGUAUUCUUCCAAAGAAAAGAAAGCAAAUCAUUGCAUUUGGAAACUUGGAUGCAUGUGCAUACUAUGAUAGAGGAACUCUUAUGGGAUACCACAUUGUUCGGCCACUGAUACUUGCUCUGAACUUGAAAUUUGCAGUCAAUAUGGAAACUCUGAGAGAGCCAUCU